AUGGAUCGCCGUGUCCACAAACCCGUUGGCAUCGCCAAUGGCGUCAUCAAUGCCGCUGCAAAAUCAACUGUUCAGUUGCACUGCGUUCCCCUUGUUGGCCAACCGAUGCCAGUUUCAGUGGUGCACGAUGCCAACCGAAUCUUGAACGUCAUAACAGAGAUUGUUCACGAUCCUGGUUGCUUAGCCAACAGCCCCAUCGAUGCACUCCUCGAUCCCUCUACACUCAUUCUCACUGUAAGGACGGCUCUUGCUUACGGUGAACCGAUCUCACUUGAACUUCUGCGUGAUGCCAGCCGACAUUUUGGCCACGAUUGCCUUGCGUACCUUGAGUCUCAACAUUACGAUAUCUCAAAGACAGUCUCUAUCAACAACAUACAAUACUAUGUUUUUCGAGGUGAAAAUCAAGAGAUAUCUGAUUCAAAGGCUUCCGUCCAAGUUUUCCGCCAACCAAACAAUACUACGGUUGACGGUAUCAAAGACUGUAGCCAUGGAACGCAGAAUGAUGGAUGCCAACGUGUUCUCGGUGGUUCGAACCCAAUAAACCUCGACCGCAAGGACAAAUUACUCAAGCACCAACACCAAAAUGGCUUCUCUGCCGAUACCCCUGUCCAGCAUAUUGUCAAGGACGAAUUGACCUGCAAUAUGUUGACUCGGAAUGGCAUCAAGCAUCUUACAUGUGUUGAAGUUUCCGUUUUCAAUGAAUUCAAACAAUUCGCAGGCAAGAUCGACCUUCUCGUUCAAUCUCAACCCACUCCACGAAAGAAGACCCUUUGCCUGCUUUGGCCUAUAAUCAUGGUCAUUGACGCACAACAUAAAGCUUCAAGAAGUUACGAACACACAGCACGGCGCAACCAAGAAGGAAGGCAAGACUAUCAAUCAACACGUUUUGUCUCUCCCUGCUUGACUGGUAACACCGUACCUGAUCUUGCAACUCGUGUGGCUCGACAACAGACUCUGACCCCAAUCUUGAUCUACAUUGCUAGCACCAAACUCCAGAACAAACUCCGCCUGGACCGCUUGAGGUUUCUCGUCAUGGACGAAUGUCAUACGCUACUGAAGCUUGACAUUGCAACUAGCAAACGUAACUGGAUGCGGAAAGCAUUGCUCCGGGCUUUCUUCCUAGCAGAAGGUUGGAACCAUUCUCGAAACGGACAGCAUGUCACAAGACUGUUCAUGUCGGAAAUCCUCGAUAAUGACCAAGAGGAUGUCGUCGAACAAUGGACCAGACCAGGCGCACUCAAAUCCAUCGUGUGCGGUCUCACUCCGACAUCUGCUCCGUUGCCUGGAACUAGGGCUACUUCUGCUGCUGGAGCCCGCCAUCCUCAGAUUCCGGAGUCCUCAUCAAGCUCGUCGAAAAAAUCCAGUUCGACAGCUCUCGAUGGUGUCGCUCCGGUGAAUUUGGCGAGUCCAUUUCUUGCACAUCUUCUGACCCCACCGGAGAAAUCAAUAGCGUCGAGGGCUGCUAUGAAGGUCGAAAGCCCAACGCUCAUGGAUCUUGAGACACCUUUGGAGAAUUCAAUAAUGUCCAGGUGUCUUAUUCCUACGAAAUUCGAAAGUCCUCUGCUCAUAGAUCUUGAAACACCUUUGGAUAACUCAACAGCAUCUGAUGGUGUUGCUCCUGGGAGUUCUGAAAGUCCGUACCUUGCAGAUCUCAAAUCCCUUCAGGAGCACCCAACCUCUGAGGGUGCUGCUUCAACUGCUGGGAACGGAAAAUCAACUUCCUCUGAAUCCAACAGUGAGAGUGUUAAUAUCAAAAAGGCAAUUGUAGCAUGGUUUCGAUCUAUCCUACCCAGGCGAAAAAUGCGUCAGAAGAUGAACUCCCCCCCCUCCCCCCGGAAAGCUGAACGAUACAAGUCAGCCGGAAGAAGCAUCAGCACAGCACUCGCCUAUUAA